UAUUAAAAGUGCUAACAUAUACACGCACACAACAAAAAAAAAAAAAACAUUGUAAGAGUUAGGUACUGCCCUGGUACCAGAAUCAAAAAACCAAAAAGUAAUAAACAAAAUUCGCAGUUAUAAAAAAUCAGUAACAAUUCGCGCAACAGAUAUCAAUCCUACCCCUCUGUGUGAUUAAGUGCAUAAAAAGACAACAAUAAAAAAUAAAAAAAAACAAGCCAAAAUGACGAAGAAUAAAAAUCAAAAAAAGAAGACUGCCGGUGUAAAAAAUAACAAUGGGCCCGUUACUGCGAUCGAUUUGUUAACGCCGCCGGCAACACCGCCAACUAACAGCGGUAUCAAAGCACCCGGCAACUACGCCAAUGGAAUGCCUAGGAAACCGCCGGUGCCAUGGGAGCGCGAAUUUAUCGGAAGUUUUCUCCUGGAGAUGGCCGUGCGCCAGGUGAUCAGCGCCCAGACCGAGUGGUAUGUGGACAAGAGUAAGAUGCGCCAGAUGUUCGAGGCCCACCUCGGAGGCCUGCCCAAUUGCAGCGAGGUUCGGCUGAAGCUCUCCAUCCAAGGCGCCUGGAAUAUUGGGUCUCUGCUGCAUAGGACCAAUUUUCUGAUCAACACUCCGCGUGGGAAUACUAACUAUCGCAUCAAGAGUUUCGCCUUGAUGGAGUUUCGCAAGGAGAAGUUCAAUUUGCUCGAUGAACAACACCGUCUUCGAGAUUCCCUUUCCCCGGCCAUUUUUUCCGGAGCUGCUGUCGAGGGCAAUAAACCCAUAACCGAAGAAUACAAACUUGAUACGGGGGCCAAGUCAAUGCUUCUGAAAUACCAAAAGACGCAGGCUCAGAAAACAGAGAACGAUUUUGAGCUUAACUCUAUGGGUUGCUAUAUGUGCCAGGUGAACUUCGACACGAUUGAAAAGUAUGAGGAGCAUGUGGAGGACCAUGGCGAUGAGUCUGAUUUUAAGUCACUCGAAAAGAUGGAGAAGUUAUCUUCGUCCAUAUUGACCCUCUCUUACCAGACCUGCGUGGACAGCCACUACUUUGGAUUUACCUUAAAGACCGAACGCAAGGAUUUGGUGGUGGACAAGUUCAUCAUAGUGCAGUCGCGACAGUUCUACUACGUGUACAAUGCGCGUUUGCCGCUUAAGGUGCCGUCGAGCGGGGAGCUUGUCUUCUUUGUGGACUCACACGUCUUCAUGAUCCUCCGAGAGCAGCCUAUCGUGAUCGGGUUCUCCAGCCAGGGACAAAGGUUCGUUGAGCAACACCAUUUCAUGCGAACGGAGGCACUGCCCAAGGCCAGCUUCAACAUCAAUCCGUACCGGCUGUCCAACCACGAGACAUUCAAGAGUCAAGGUCUUCCUCCAGCCAAUCCGCCCACCCAGGUGGUGAGUGCCCUUAAGCACGAGGACGCCCAGGUUCGGCUGGCCGACUUCGACAAGCACUAUCGCAACUAUUGUGAGAGGGGCAGGGAGAUCACCCAGGAGAACCUCAGUGGUGCCCUGCGCACCCUGCUCCAGGUGGAGGACAUCGAACGGCUGCAGCACUAUUUGGCCCUCAAGCAGUCCAAAAUGGAGCUGCACCAGUUCGGACGGGAACUCUCGGUAAAGUUGCAGCUGGGUUUGACCAGUAUGAGCGUGGAGGAUGUGCUUUCCCCCGGCGACGAUGUCCUGAUCAUUAACGAACGCGGCAAGCCGGAUUCCGGUGUACGCCAGCUGCUGGAGAACAACAACCAAGUGCUGGAACUGGCCCUCAAGGACUUUGACUCCAUCUUGAAGUGGGCACGCAAGGUGGACGAACAGUUCGGAUCUCUGGACAAGCAGCCGCGCGUAUACUUUGCCCGCGUCCUGGGAGUCUCCACGCAAAGGGUGCACAUUACAUGUGAAAGCCAGUUGCCGGACAACACCACAUACACCCUGGUCUUCCGUCCGCUUCGGGCAGUGAUGCGUUACCAGUACCGGGCUCUUCAGCAGCUUGCUCUCACCUGCGCCGCCGAUGUGCAGAGGAUUCUUUUUCCUGGUGACAUUCCCCGAGAGUCGGUGGCCCAAGGCACCUUGGAACUGAACAACCGGCGCUUAUCCAGCAACCCCGAGCAGUUGCAGGCGGUGCGUCAAAUAGCACUUAGCAAGAAGCUGCCGGCUCCGUACAUCGUGUUCGGUCCACCGGGAACCGGCAAGACGGCGACCAUUUGCGAAGCCAUUUACCAGUUGUAUGUGCGCCGACCGGAAACGCACAUCCUGGUGCUGGCUGGCUCCAAUACGGCCUGCGACGAGGUGGCUCUGCGAUUGCUUCGGGCCAUCGCAAAGGCUCCGGGGAGCCAGCCCCGCCCACUCACCCGCAUCUUUGCCGCAAGCUGCGAUCGGCGCAUCGACAACAUCGACGACCUGCUGCUGGAGUACUCCAACAUGUACGCCCUACACUUUUACCCUGCCGUUCAGGCGGUGCAUCAGUAUCGUAUAGUGGUCUGCACCCUCAGUUUGGCCGGCAAGUUGUCCACAGGUGGGUUCGCCAAAGGGGAUGUCUUCUCGCACGUUUUUGUGGACGAGGCGGCCGCCUCCACGGAGGCGGAGGCCUUGAUGGGCAUAACCUGCACCAUAUCGCCGACGACUAAUUUGAUCCUGUCCGGGGAUCACAAGCAACUGGGACCGGUGCUGCAGUCGCAGCGGGCCAACGAAUGGGGUCUGGGACUGUCGUUAUUCGAGCGACUGCUGCAGAGGAAGUGCUACCAGGUGGACAAGGACGGUAGCUACAACACGGCCGUGCAGACGCGACUCGUACGCAACUAUCGCUCCCACCCGGAGAUAGUUUCCCUGUACAGUGAGCUCUACUACGGCGGGAAACUUAAGGCUCAGGCGCCCAUGGAGAAUGUUUGCCGUUUUCAAAACUGGUUCCACACUUCGAAUGCUGAUUUUCCCAUUAUGUUCCAUUCCGUCUUUGGCACUGUUAUGAACACCAAGAGCUCUAUGAGUCUGUGCAACAAUAAGGAGAUCGACGCUGUAAUGGACUACGUCAAAGACCUUAUGUACUUCGGUAUCAAUGGUGAGAAGGUGUUGGAGUCUGACAUCGGGAUCAUUUCGCCGUACAAAAACCAGUACCAACGUAUCCAGGAGCAGCUGAACAUGCGCAACUGGUCGCAAAUAGAUUGCGGAUCUGUUGAGCUCUUCCAGGGCAAGGAGAAGCAGGUGAUCAUUGUGUCCUUCGUGCGCUCCUUUACUCCCAAGCUAGGCUUCUUGAACAAUGAACGGCGAUUGAAUGUCCUGCUUUCCCGUCCGAUGUCCUUGCUUAUUCUGAUUGGUAACCCGCGAACUCUCAGCCAGAACAACGAUUUCCGGCGCAUUAUCGAGAUGUGUCGUGACCGCAACACGCUGGUUGGAGUUCCGUAUUAUCGCGAGGAAAUUAACCAGAAUAAACAGAACGGGCAGAAGUCCGUCAAAGAAGCUGUGGAACAGCCGUCACCUGGCCUGGGACAGCCGCUAAAGCGAACUUCCAAUGCCAAGAACCCAGCUCAGGCGGUCAAGCUUUUCUACAACAAGGAGGAGCUGCUCAAGCUGGGGAAUGAGUACCAAACACAAAAAUCUGAGCUAGACAAGUUCUUCGACGAGUUGCCGAAAGUUCCACGCUACGUGGAUAACAAUUCCGACUCAGUUCGUUUGAUUCAGGGCCAAAUGAAGGAUUUAAAAUUGGACAACAAAAAAACGACAGUUAAGACUAAGCUUGCUCCUCGUCCUGCUGUUACACCUGCGACCGGAACGCCAUCAACAUCAGUCAAUGCAGCCGCUCCAAAACCAGCAACGCGUUCUCUAGAAACCCAUACCACCAAGCCGGUAUUUAAGCUCUCAGAGCUCCCGGCUAUUCCGCCCUUUAGACGCCCGGAACCCAAGGCCUCAAAACCCCUCUCCAUACCGACCUUUGGUCGCGAACAACGCUUUAUCAACGGAGUGCCAUGUGGUGUGGAAUUGCCCCAAGAGCCCAGCGCCCCGCCGUUGUCGCCGCCCAAAACCACCAGGUCUUCGACUUACCGUCACAUUCCCAGCGGUAAUCUACGGUUUGAGAAUAUCCGUCCCACGCCCGAAGAGUACCAUCGACAGCCGCCCUUUAACGAGCAGCGACGUGCGCCGCCCUUUCGUGAGCCCCACGGAAACUGGAACAAUUUCGGAUGGUCGCCACGGGCUCCUCCUACGCCCCCACCAAGGGAGAAGAAGUCGACAUGCGUCAUUUCUUAAUUGUAGCUUCUGCGGAGGCUACGACCAAUCUAUGAGGAUGGUGCGGUCGCUUGGCCUAACAAGUGACCGUAUUGUCCUCUUUUUGACUUUGCUAUUGGCAAUUGUGCGAUCUGUGAUCAUCAAUGCGCCAAGUAGCAAAACAACCUAUUAAAUAUAUUCGCACCUGAUGUGCGCUCUCUCGAAAAGCAGGUCCAGAAGAAUGCGGCACCGUGAACACCGCGGUGCCCGUAAUCUUUUGCCCCUCCUUUUCUAACUGGGUCGCAUCAAAUGCGAAUGUAAUUGAUUUGAACGAAGACACAGAGCUCUUAAAGUGAACACUUUUCGGUUGCAAGUGGCAUAGGUUUUUGUUUUAUAGUAUGGACCCGAUUCCAUAAUAUAAACCGCAAAUCUUGUGCGCGAAUCAGUCAUUAAGUUUGACUUUGGGCGUUUUAAACAACAUCAUUAAUUUCAGAGAACGUGGGAUCUGCAUUGCACUAUAACUACUGCCCCACAAAAUAAAAAAUUCCGCAUUUUUGUAACUGUAUCUUUUCAUAUUUAUUGGACUAAAAUGAUUUUGUAUUAUAAGCGUCAAGUAUAAUCCCCAGUACAGUGUACUUUCAAUGUAAAGGAAUAGUACACCUUGCUGAAAAAAUGAUUAGAAUUCACGGAUUAGUAUUCAUAUUAAACAGACAUUUAACCUUAAUAAACAUUUAAAAUUAUCCAAAA